AUGCCGUCGGCACCGUCGUGGUUGUUAGACUCGGCAUCGCAGACCAGCCACUCUGUGCCAAAGACACCAACCAUCAAGAAAGAGCCCGGAACAGAGGAGUCGCCUCGUGUACUUGCACAAGUCGAACCGACGCCCAAGAGCGCCAAACGGAAGGCCCGAAGCGAAAGCCCCUCGGACUCUGACCGAUCCAACGAUGGAAAAAGUAAGAAGAAGAGAACCGAGCGCCGGAACAAGUUCAAGACCAGUGAGGUAUGGCAGUACCUUGUGAACGUGAGCUCGAAUACCUUUGACGAGCCCUACGGCAGCUUGACAAAAACAAGGUACAUGCGCAACAUCGUGGCACUUCCGCGCAAGCGUGAGUUGCCGGCGGUAUGGGCAACUCGAUUGGCUUCCGAAAAACCAAGCAGCGAAAUCUUGCAGUUGCUCAUUGCCUACCUCGUUGGUGACGAUCCCGGCGGUUUUCUUUGCGGCCUCAAUGGGCCCGAUUGUGCAGGAAAGUGGCGAAUUACCGGGCCGGCCAUGGCAACAUUCCUGGACGACAAGGAAGCAAUCCACAAAGCUUGCGCAUUCCCCAAGUGUGUCUUCUGCCCAGAGCUUGAAGAUUCCAACAGUACUUCAGGUAAAAGGAAGUGUUGCAAUACAGUAUACCGGGACUCUGAUGACCCUUCAAUGCCCGAGAUUUGGGUGCCGCCCACUCCUGCUCUUGCACCCGACCCGGUUCCCACUCCGGUUUCAACUCCGGUUCAUACUCCGGCUCCCACUUCGGCUCUUAAUCCGACACCAUCGCCCGCGCCCUCGACACAAGCAGCAACGGCACUCCCGGCAAGCCUCAAUCCAGAGACCCCAAGCCAUCAACUUCACCACGAAGCACAAGCGCAGGAGGGAAAUGUGUAUCUUGCCAGCCUCUGGGAGCAGCGAAACGAAGCAAUGUACCUCUCCGGACCCAUUAAUGUCUCGACCAGCUACGCCCACUCAGCCGGCUGGCUUCACCAGCGCGAGGGACAAAUUCUUCCCAUCGGCGCCGACAGCGGCGCAACUCUCCAGAUCCUCGACCUGGAAAACAAGGGCGCCACCGUUCCGCUCCCAAGCGACUCUCAUAAUCUUGUGUGCAUUGUCUUUGAGGGCACCGUGGAGGUCAUCCUACAGGAUACGCCCGUCUUCACCCUCUCGCGCGGUGGCCAGUGGAGUGUGGGUGUCGGAAAGGAGUGCAGAGUUCGAAACCCGCGUAUUGGAACGAAGGCCAUUCUGUACAACAUUGGAGCACCGGUUAGGCAGAACGACGAGUAG